AUGGCGGAGGAUAUGGCGAGCCGUUACCAGGUGAUGGAGGAGUUGGGAAGUGGAAGCUUCGGCGUCGUUUACAAGGCAAUUGAUACAGCCACGGGAGAGAUUGUUGCGGUGAAACAUAUCGAUCUCGAGUCCAGCGAAGACGAUAUUCAGGAAAUCCAGCAGGAGAUUUCCGUCCUGGCCACCUGCGCCAGCGCAUAUGUUACACAGUACAAAGCGAGCUUUCUGAAGGGUCACAAGCUCUGGAUUGUCAUGGAAUUUUUGGGUGGAGGAUCAUGUCUGGAUCUGUUAAAACCAGGGGUCUUCAACGAAGCGCAUGUGGCAAUUGUCUGCCGAGAAUUGCUACAGGGUCUUGAAUAUCUUCAUGCUGAAGGCAAGAUCCAUCGAGACGUCAAAGCUGCAAAUGUGUUGCUCUCCCAUACCGGAAAGGUGAAGCUGGCCGACUUUGGCGUGGCCGCGCAGCUUGUCAAUAUCAAGUCGCAGCGCAAUACCUUCGUGGGUACUCCGUUCUGGAUGGCGCCCGAAGUUAUCCAGCAGGCUGGAUACGACUUCAAGGCGGAUAUUUGGUCUCUGGGUAUCACUGCGAUUGAAAUGAUCAACGGCGAGCCACCGCACGCUAGCACCCAUCCGAUGAAAGUGCUCUUCCUCAUUCCCAAGCAGCCUGCCCCGCGACUGGAGGGCAACGAAUACAGCAGCACAUUCAAGGACUUUAUUGCCCAAUGUCUGACUAAGGACGCAGACCGUCGUCCCAGUGCGAAGGAACUGUUACGACACAAAUUCAUCCGCAACGCAGGGAAACCCGAGGCGCUGCAGGAACUCAUUCAUCGCAAGCAGGAUUGGGAUGCCGGCCGCGGAGUCAGCAAGGAUGUCAAAUACUACGCGGAGUCCCUCAACACCAUCACGAAGCCACCUUCCCCCGAAGAAGAAGAUGAUGACGAUUGGGUAUUCGACACUGUCAAGGCUCCAUCUAUGUGGGUGCCCAAGGGCACUGACUGGACCACCCUGGACGAGGACGAAAACGAGACCGACCCUGCUCAAUUGAUGGCAGAUAUGCACAUUUCUCAGCCCCCGCUUCCUCCCAGGCACCAACCCAAUUCUACCGUCCGACGAACCCCGGUUGCCGAGCGGUCACCUUCAACCCGUCGAGCCAACACCAAGCGACGAUCCAGUGGUAUCAAGCAGCCUCUGGGGCUAGACUUGAGCUAUGGAAACAGCCCGUCUACUGUUAGGCAGUUCCGCCGCGUGUCGGACAAGGCUCCUAGCGAGACGCCCAAAGUUCCGCCUGGCUUUGAUGAGAAUUCUAGUCCGAAGGUUGCCUCUGGUGAGCCGACCAGCAAAGAGGCUCAGCUCGGACACCGUGCAUACAGCCGGGCUGUUGGACUUUCCUGCCAGGAAGUCCUCUCUACUACUGGCGAUGGAGAGAAGCGCGAGGCCAUUUCUCGGCUGGCCGAGGCCUGGAGUGACCUGGAGAUGGUUGAUCCUGAAGGUCUCUACCACAUCAUUCGCAUCAUGAACGAGAAACUUCAGGCCGACCCUCGCCUCAACACCAUGAUCCCCACAUCCCCUCAACCCGACUCUCCUGGACGCCCGCGCCUCGUUCUGGCCCAGAACAACCCCCACCUCAAAAGCCACCGUCGCCGACAGUCGAGUGUGGCCGAACCCAACCCACCAUCACCUCUUUCCAACAUGCCUGGCCAAAAUCCGGCUGGUAUGGAACACACCAAACAACUCUCCGAUGUGCUCUACCAGCGUUGGGCAGAGGGACUGCGCAACCGCUGGGGAAUCUAA